CAAAUUUAGUGCCAGUUGUUCCAGCUGAAGAGCAUCCUAACACUGGGAAUAGUAGUUCCACUGCAGAAGAACCCAAACAGUUUCCUGGGAUUUUUGUAAAUUUGUUGCCAACUGCUCCAAAUGAGGAGAAGUCCAACACUCUGAACAGUAGUUUCCCAAAGGAGGAGCGCAACCAGUUUCCCAUUUUUUUUGAACCACCCCCUAUCCCUUCUUUGUGCAUGACCCCUAUGGACAGAGGACUUUGUAGAGCCAAAGAAUUAAGAUUUUUCUACAACUACUCAACUGGAAGAUGUCAUCCAUUUCGCUACAGUGGUUGUGGUGGGAAUGAAAAUAAUUUCACCUCCAGAAAGUCAUGUUUGAGGAUCUGCAAGAAAGGAUUCAAUAAAAAGAAAGGUGAAAGAAGAUUAAUAAAAAUCAAGAAGAAGAAAAAGAAAGAGUCUGUAAAGCCUCUGGGCGAGGAAAUCAUCCCUGAAACAAUACAAUUUUGA